GAAGACAGGGAAGCUUUGUGUGUCCCCAGCAUGAGGAGCCCCCACUUUCCCAUCUCUCAGGCCAGCUGCAUCCCAGCGACAUGCAGGGGCUCCUCUGUUCCACUCUUCUCUUCACCGGGCUGGCACAGUUCUGCUGCAGGGCACAGGACACAGGGCCAUUAGACACAACUGAAAAAGGGCCCAGAGAAGCAACAGAAGCACAUCAGCGUAAACAGUUUUGUCACUGGCCCUGCAAGUGCUCCCGUCAGAAGCCCCGCUGCUCUCCUGGAGUGAGUUUGGUGAGAGACGGCUGUGGAUGCUGCAAAAUUUGUGCCAAACAACCAGGAGACAUCUGUAAUGAAGCUGACCUCUGUGACCCGCACAAAGGGCUGUAUUGUGACUACUCAGCAGACAGGCCUAGGUACGAGACUGGAGUGUGUGCAUACCUUGUAGCUGUUGGAUGUGAGUUCAACAGGGUCCAUUAUCGUAAUGGCCAAGUGUUUCAGCCCAACCCCCUGUUUAGCUGCCUCUGUGUGAGUGGGGCAAUUGGAUGCACUCCUCUGUUCAUACCUGAGCUGGCUGACAGCCAGUGCUCUAGAGCUAAAGAUGGAAAGAAUUCUGAUCAGUCCAAGUGCGGCAUGGGACCAUUACAAAGGCAGCUCUCAACAAGCUUCAAGACGAUGCCAGCUUUUAGGAAUCUUCCACUUAGUUGGAAAAGAAAAUGUCUCGUGCAAGCUACAAAGUGGACUCCCUGCUCCAGAACAUGUGGGAUAGGAAUAUCUAACAGGGUCACCAAUGAAAAUAGCAACUGUAAAAUGAGAAAAGAGCAAAGACUAUGUUAUAUUCAGCCAUGCAACAGUAAUAUAUCACAUACAGUAAAGAUUCCUAAAGGAAAAAGAUGCCAACCUAUCUUCCAACUCUCCAAAGCUGAAAAAUUUCUCUUUUCUGGGUGCUUAAGUACUCAGAGUUACAAACCCACUUUUUGUGGAAUAUGCCUGGAUAAAAGAUGUUGCAUUCCUAAUAAGUCUAAAAUGAUUACCAUCCAAUUUGAUUGCCCAAAUGAAGGCUCAUUUAAGUGGAAGAUGCUCUGGAUUACAUCUUGUGUAUGUCAAAGAAAUUGCAGGGAACCUGGAGAUAUGUUUUCUGAGCUCUUGAUUCUGUAAAGCUAAGGUUAGUUGUCAUGUCAUAUAAUCAAAAAACUAG